AUGUCCAAGGACGACGUGGGCUGCAAGCUGACCUCGGUCUACAAGCACAAGGAGAGGAAACCGAAGAAGCCUCACUACAUCCCAAGGCCAUGGGGAAAGCCCUACAACUACAAAUGCUUCCAGUGCCCCUUUACCUGCAUGGAGAAGUCCCAUCUUUACAACCACAUGAAGUACAGCCUGUGCAAGAAUUCCCUGUCCCUCCUCAUCGAGUCUGACUGGCCCUACAAGAAGGGCAAUCUGCUCCACCCGGAGCUGAGGCUCCUGCACACGACGGAGACCUCCCGCCUGCGCGGGCGGAGGGACGAGCAGGACACCUGUGACUCCUCAGCCACCUCGGGAGGGUCAGUCCAGAACAAGCAGGGCCCUGGCAGGGAUGGCCAUGAGGACAAGCCGAUUACAGGGGUGGAGAUCCUGCCUGCUGAAGGGGCUGGUGAAGAAGGUGGCCAGUUCCAGGAGGAGGAGGAAGAUGUUGCUGGUCUGCUGAGGGAGAUGGACGCAGGGGAGAAGAAAGAGAAAAAUGAAGAAGCAGGUUGCCAAGGUGACCCAGCUGAACCAGAAGUGAACACUUUGGUCUUCGGUUUCAAGAAUAAGAGGGACAACAAGCCAUGCAAGGAGGUGGAGCCUGACUUCAUCAUCACAGAUGUCUUCUCCCUCAAGAACCAUGUCAUGAAAAGCAGGGAAAUGGCCUCCCCAGACCUAGAUGCUAAGCCAAAGCAUUGCAAAGUGCCAAAGAAAUGCCUGGCCAGCAGUGGGAUCCUGAUGGAGCAGUGGAAGCUGGUGGCAAAUGGGCAAAGGAGGAACACACCUGAGGUCUCCCCACCUUGUACCGACAGCAACAUAAUCCCAUGCUACCCUCCUCCAGCCUACAGUGACUACCAUGAACCUCAGGGUCUGAACCUCUCACUGCUGGGUAUUAACUACCCAUUAAACCCCAGCCUCUUCUCCUACCUGAGCCCCACCAUGGCCAACAGCACGACAACACACCCACACUUGGCUCAGCUGCCCUUCCUGGCCUCCACAGCCCAGCUGAUGCACCCACAUGCCUCCCACUUCCAGCCUCUGCAGAGCCCUGAGCGCUCAGCCUUCCUUCCCCGCUUCUACUACCCCCUGCUCUUUGAGCACACUUUUGGCUCCAGCGAAAGCAAGAUGACCCCCAGCAAGCCAGAGGCCCAGCAGCUGGUGGGCUCAGUCGUGCCCACGCCACCACAAACCAAACCCCCCAGCGAGCCAACCAAGCCUGGGCUGCUGAAGGUACCUGUUCCGAAGACAGGUUUUCCUUGGUCCAAAGGUGUCCGGGAGGAGACAGGCUCCGAGCUCAGCCACACUGCUAUGCUGGGGCAGGAAGAAGAGGAGAAAUGGCUGUCCCAGGAUAAGGAGAGCAACCCAGCUUUGGGCCUCAACAACUUACGCAAAAAGCCAGCCAUGGACAUCUACCAAACCAUGGUGGGGGUGAAGGACAGCACUCUCACCCACAGCAGUGUCCGCAAGGCAGAGUUACCAGUGGUCACCUGUCUGGAGACCAGCAGCCCUCCAGGAAACCCCUUGAAGAGAAAGUUCCCUGCCAGUGGGAUGGAUUUGAUAGGAUCUGAAAGGCUGAUGCCUGGAAAACUCAGCUACCAGAGCAGUGGUUCAAGGGCCAACUCUGGCCACAUCCCCAAGGCCCUGGACCAUUGGCACACAGAGGUCCUCACAGGCCAGUCUGAGGAGCCAGAGAGGGGCAGUGACACUGAAGUCCUUCUCCCUGUGGGUGCUGCCCUGGACCAUGGCCUCUGCAAGCCGAGCAGACUCCAAGAGACUUCUGCCACCACGACAGACUCUGAGGCCACAACUGUCCUCAUUGAGGACCUGUCCAAAACCCUAGAGGAGUACCAAGAGGUGGAGAAGAAACUGUCUGAUCUGGCAAAAGAGGACACCCCUGGUCAAAAAGAGCUGAGGGACCAGCUGAUCAAAAUCCGAAGGGAGCUCUACCACAUCCAUCAGGCACUGGAGAAAGCCACCAAACCCCACGAAGGGCCACUGGACCUGUCAGUGAAGAGAUCCUCAGAAGGUCUGGAGAAGGUCCAGCAGGCCAAGAAGGAGCCCAGCAACAUGACCCUGGGAAGCGAAAAGCUCCACAGCAAAGGCCAAGGGCCCCUCAGCAAAUGUCCAGCCCCCGGGGAGGCUGGAGAUGGGGAGGGGCUGCCCAACUGCCUCCUCGAGGCUGAGAACAAAACCAUCGACCUGCUGAUCAAGAUGAGCCGUGCCGAGAGCCUCCGAGCGUCCUCCUCCGAGGCUCACCUGGGCGCCGUGAUCAAGGCUGAGGUCCUGCCCCUCGCCGUGCCCCUGGAGCUGCGGCAC